UUGUGCCUUGUGAGAUUUCUGCAGUCUUAUCUGUAAUUUUUUUAAACUGCAAUGGGAACUGUGUCAAAUUCCCACUGAGGUGCAUAAAAUAUUUCCUUUUUUUGUUUUUGGUUCACUUAGUGGGGCUCCUCUCACCUGUAUUUCUCUCUCUCUCUCUCUCUCUCUUGGAGUUCAUCUUCAAAGUUCCAAGGUUCCAUCUUUUCAUUUCGAUUCAGUUCUCGUAAUUGAUUUUUGAUUUCUGUUAUGCUUUGGCAUUGAUCUUUAGUUGUUUCCAUAAGAAUCCUGGAUCUUCAGCUCCUAUUAAGUACGAAAAAGAUCCAACCUUUAUUGUUCAGCUAGUAGUUUUGAAAAAAUGGGUUGUAAAGUAUUUGGGUUUCUUUGCUGGGUUUCUUCAAUCUUGUGUUUGCCAUUGUUUGCUAGAGGGUUUACACCUGCAGACAAUUACCUCAUUGAUUGUGGAUCACUUACUAAUACCACAUUGGGUGAUCGAGUUUUCAUGGCUGAUAACUUGGCCUCAAAGCUCCUUUCAGCAUCAGGGAAUAUUGUUGGGAACACUUCUAAAGCUGUCACCUCCUCUGAUGAUUCUCCACUCUAUCAAACGGUAAGGAUCUUUACUGGUGUUUCUAAGUACACAUUUCCAAUUAGUCAACGAGGAAGACACUGGAUUCGCCUUUAUUUCUAUCCAUUUGUUCAUGCUAGUUAUAAUAUGAGUAUGGCAAAAUUCGAUGUUUCCACUGAAAACCAUGUUCUUCUUAGUAGCUUUAGUGUUCAAUCUCUUGUUGUCAAAGAAUUCUCUGUUAAUGUAACCACCAAUAGCCUUGCCAUCACGUUCAGUCCUUCAGAGAAUUCAUUUGCUUUUAUAAAUGCCCUGGAAGUUGUUUCAGUCCCUGAUCAGCUCAUCCCAGACUCCGCCGGCUUGGUUGAAUCUUCGACCGGAUUCCAAGGUCUAACGUGGCAGGCACUCGAGACGGUUGCUAGGGUGAAUAUGGGGGGACCUACCGUCUCCUCCGAGAACGAUACUCUUUCGCGAACAUGGGUGCCUGAUCAGCCUUUUCUUUUAGGAAAAAACCUUGCCACAAGUGUGUCAAAAAUUAAAGCUGUCAAGUAUGUUGAUGGUGGUUCAACCCGAGAGAUUGCUCCGAAUACCAUCUAUGGUACCUGCACCAGGAUGAACUCCAUGAAUGAUUCCAAUAGCAACUUCAAUGUGACAUGGGAAUUCAAUGUGGAUCCUGGAUUUCAGUACCUUGUUCGGUUUCACUUUUGCGAUAUUGUCAGCGAAGCUCUUAACCUGUUGUAUUUCAAUGUUUUUAUCGACUCCUCAAUAAUCGAGCGUGAUUUUGAUCUGAGUACGUACUUGGUUAACGUUUUGGCUGCUGCAUACUAUAAGGAUUAUGUCACAGGGCCAGCUACUAGCAAUAAGAUUCGUGUAAGCAUCGGCCCUUCUAAUAUACAUGGCACUUACCCAGAUGCCAUACUUAAUGGGCUGGAAAUCAUGAAAAUGAACAACUCUGAUGGCAGCCUUUCUGGCUUGGGAACAGUCAACACUUCUAGUUCGAGUUCAAAGAAGAGAGUCGGUGCUAUUGUUGGUGUGACCGCUGGGGUGGCUUGUGGAGUUUUGUUGGCUGGAGUUCUCUUUAUGUAUUGUAGGAAACAAAGACAAUUAUCACGUCAGAGGCUAUCAAGGACAUGGAUACCUUUCUCCAUUAAUGGAGGAACUUCCCACACUAUGGGGAGCAAAUACUCCAAAGGAACGACUAUCAGUCUCAUUUCUAAUACGAACUAUCAUGUUCCAUUUCUGGCUGUUCAAGAAGCCACUAACAACUUUGAUGAAAGUUGGGUUAUUGGGAUUGGAGGAUUCGGUAAGGUGUACAAGGGAGAACUGAAUGAUGGUACAAAAGUUGCUGUUAAAAGGGGGAAUCCACAAUCUCAACAAGGACUUGCUGAGUUCCAGACUGAAAUCGAGAUGCUAUCCCAGUUCCGUCACCGACAUCUUGUUUCCUUGAUAGGUUAUUGUGAUGAGAAGAACGAGAUGAUCUUGAUUUACGAAUAUAUGGAGAAUGGGACGCUCAAGAGUCAUCUCUACGGUUCAGGCCAUCCAAGUUUAAGUUGGAAACAAAGGCUUGAAAUAUGCAUUGGAGCAGCCAGAGGACUCCAUUACCUUCACACGGGCUAUGCAAAAGCAGUUAUUCAUCGUGAUGUGAAGUCGGCAAAUAUCUUACUUGACGAGAAUCUCAUGGCCAAAGUUGCUGAUUUUGGACUGUCAAAGACAGGUCCUGAACUUGAUCAGACCCAUGUCAGCACGGCAGUUAAAGGAAGUUUUGGGUACCUUGACCCUGAGUAUUUCAGAAGACAACAACUGACAGAGAAAUCUGAUGUGUAUUCAUUUGGCGUGGUCUUGUUUGAAGUUCUUUGUGCAAGACCAGUGAUCGAUCCCACUCUUCCAAGGGAAAUGGUAAAUCUAGCUGAAUGGGCAAUGAAAUGGCAGAAGAAAGGACAGCUGGAGCAAAUAAUUGAUUCUAGUCUCAAAGGAAACAUCAGGUCUAAUUCUCUAAGGAAGUUUGGAGAAACUGCCGAGAAAUGUUUAGCUGAUUUUGGUGUUGACAGGCCCUCCAUGGGAGAUGUUUUAUGGAACCUGGAGUAUGCUCUUCAACUUCAGGAGGCCGUUGUUCAAGGCGAUGCCGAAGAAAACAGUACAAACAUGAUUGGUGAGCUUUCUCCACAAAUCAACAAUUUCAGUCAGCUUGAUCCCACUGGUUCAGCAAAAUUUGAGGUGUCAAGUGUGGAUGACCUCUCCGGUGUUUCAAUGAGUAAAGUGUUCUCACAGCUGGUGAAGUCUGAAGGAAGGUGAUUUCGAUGAGGCUGAAAAUCCAAUGAAUUAAGUUUCUCUUUUGACAAUGCAUACACUGUUUUAUCUGAUCCAUUACAGCUUGCCACAUUUGAGUAGAUAAUGUUUUCUUCUCUUUUCUUUAUUUUGGUUAAAAAGGUGGGAUUGUUUAAAUUCCUUUGGUUUUUUCAUUAGUAAUGGCAGUAUGUCAUCUUGUCAUCUUAUACCAUAAUGUGAUUUGUCUGGUUAGUCAUCACUCAUCAGACUAACAACUGCUCAAAAUCAUCUGUGUUCUAAAAUGUUGUAAGGUCUUUCAUGUACAGCAAGCUUCUGGGGUUCCUACUGAGCUUUAGGGAAGAUAAAUGUGUGAUAUUUAAUGACUUUUGCAUGCAGAAAA